CCGUGACUAAGUGCGCGGAUUUGGGUCUGAGACUCUGUUAUGCACCAAUAAAAUACAGAGCCUCUGUGCUCCCACGCCAUAUUAUUUCCGAGUCUUCAUCCUCAUCUCCUUCGCGUUCUUUCGCUCAUGGCGCAGAAAAAAAGGGUCAGAAAUUUCCUUUACAUUCUCAAAGACAAAGCCUCAGUUUUCGCAGCAUCGCUAUCCCUCAGACGCCACAUGUCUACUGUUCGCGUCUCCAUCCUCCGUGCCACCACCCACAGCCUCUCAACUCCUCCCUCGGAAGCCCGAAUCCUCGCCGUCUUCUCCGUCGCCAGCAACGGCUCCCACCUUCUACCGCGUGCCUGCAUCAACGCUCUGAUAGAUCGACUUCACCGCACGCGCAGCGCCACGGUAGCCCUCAAAUGCCUCUUCACAUUGCACAACGUCAUCGUCCGGGGACCUCUCACCCUCAGGGACCACCUCGCUUGUUACCCUUCAUACGAUGGCCAGAAUUUCCUCAACCUCUCCGCAUUUCGCGACGACUCCGACGUGGAGUCUUUGGAAUUGUCGUCGUGGGUUCGAUGGUACGCUGGUGUUUUAGAACAGAGUCUAUCGGUUUCGAGAGUCUUGGGUUACUACUUGAGCUCGUCUUGGAGCAACGACAUCAAGAAUGCCAAGAAAGGCGCGCAUGAUAGGAAGACUUUGGGGCUGUCGAAUUCAGAAUUGUUUCAUAAAAUAGAUGUUCUUGUAGGUUUUGUAGAGCUGAUAAGCCGAGUGCCAGAGUCAUUACAGCUUCAAAGGAACGAUUUGGUUUAUGAAAUGGUGAGAUUAGUUGGUGAAGAUUACAGAAUUGUUCAAUAUGAGAUUUUCUUGAGAGUAGCAGAACUGCGGGACAGGGUGGAGGAUUUGGAGGUGGGCGAGAUGGCAGAGUUGGUGCGUGAUUUGAUAAGAUUGGAGGACAGCAAGGAAGGAUUGGUACUCUUGUUUGUGAACAGGAAAAGAAAUGACCGGUUCUGGGAGUUGAUUAAGCAGACAAAGGCGAAGGCGGCGGCGAAGAAGGAGGAGAGAGAAGGCAAGUGGCUGACGGCGGUGAAGACGAGCAGGAGAGACGAGGCGAGCGAGUUGACUCGGUCUAACAACCCGUUUCUAGAAGCGGGACAAGUGCUUCGGGUUCCUGCAACCCGGUUGCCUUGGAUGGUUCCAACGGUCGGAUGAUAACGGUAUUCUUUGAGUCUGCGAAUCCGACAGGUUUCACUCCUUGGUCCCUUUCACUUUUUGGCUGGGCCUCACAGAAAAUCUGGUUAUGGACCUUUUUCGUUACUGGCCUGUGUGGCUUCUUGAUUGGUUUGUGUAAAUAGUCAUUAAAAAAUUUUACAUCCACAGUCUGGAUAACAGAAAGAUUUCGCCUCAGUUUUCGAUCGUUAAUACAUGUAUUGAUAGAAUUGGAUACGAUUUUUUUCCCGUCAUCACAAGAAAUAAUGGUGUAAGGUACAAAUACAAGAAAGAUUUUCCUGUUUUCCAUAUGGCUAUUGCAGGGAAAAGUGGAAGGAUUUUUUUGUUUGUUAAUGGUUACAAAUUAUUGACAUUGUUUUGUAUUGAAGCAUUCAAAGUUUGAAUUAUAUAUGAUUGAGCGAUUA